CAAUGCUUUCAUGCCAACAAUCAUGUACGUGUGAUUAUUGUAAACCACGACCUUUCGUUCGAAGAGGGAUGGAGUCCUCAGAAUCAACCAACUCUUUGUCCGCGCCUGUUGAUAUUCGACCAGAAUGUGAUUAUAACUAUACGAACUGAUACUUUGCAGGCAAGGAAGGUAGUUUGCGAGACACAAGAUCCGAUUCCUCAAAGCGAAUAUCAUGCUCAUCUUGAAGGUGAAAUAGAAGAAAGUGAUUUCAAACGCACAGGCCCAAAUAUCAGAUACUGGUCAGAUUAUAGUCACGUUUUCCGAGUCUUCGAUCAGAAAUCCAUACAGGUCAUCCCUGAUGCACUGGAAAGUAUCAAGGCUGGGUGGAGUGAUACAGAGCUCAUGGAAGGGGCAUUUCGUCUGCUCGUCGAGAACUGCGAUAACUUCCAGGGCUUGCAAAUGGUGCACGAUACACCCUCUUUCGGGUGGGGCGGGGGGGGUUCUCAUGCUUUCCUGACUUCCUUCCGUGACGAGUUUCUCAAAGCUUUUAUGCUAAACUUUAGUUUCUCUUCGGGCACAGACCCGAAUCAUGGUGGCAUCAAUAAUAUAAUUAUAAACGAUGCAUUAUGCUUGCAAAGCCUCCAUCAGCUUUCGGAUAUCACUUUCCCAAUACUACAUCUGUCUCGAUGGUCUACUUUGGAAAGUAGUAAUCUAUUGCAGGGACUUGCAUAUAUUUUGUAUCAUACGUCUGGAGUCAUCUCGUCGCUGGUAGAGACUGCAAUGGUGCCACUGAGACAUAGAGGCAGUCAGGAGAACAUUGUAAUGAUCGCUGACCACUUGAACUGGCAAAGAGAAAGAAUGUUCACUGAUCUGUCUGGCAACUUCUUGACUAGUUUGUCAAACAAGGACAAGCAUGUAGUUUUUGCGAGGCGAAACGUAACUCAAGGGUUGCAGGAUCAAGACCUGGCAGCAGUCGAUGCAUGGUGUAACUUGUCAUCGCUACAGGAACCCCUGGAUUCCAGCAUUCAUGUACCUGCUUAUCCCAUGCCAACAUUUUUUCUGUCCAUAUUCCAGUGCACUAGACUAACAUCGAUUAGGAUGGCUUCAUCGCUUGUUCCAGCACCUUCUACAUCAAUCCCGCUUAUGGGGUAUGCUAGGUUUGUGGAACAGACUGCAAUGAGGAGAAGGAGUGAUGGUGUGCUUAGGAGCAUGGGCUUGGAGAGCGACAACAUGAAAGAGCUUGCUAGUGCAUUGAUGGAGUCGUCAAUGGGCACAGGAAUGACAGGUGGAUGAAGGGAAUGACUGAGAAC